CGUGAACAGACCGAAGUACAGAUUUUCAGUACCAUCAGAACGUUUCGAAACGCACCAAUUCAGAGAAUUAAAAGCGCGGGAAACAAAACGCAUGCGCAGCCUGUAAAAUUACAACGUUCUAACCAGUUCCAAGCAAUCCAAACUGUGCAAUAUUUAUCUUUUAAAUCAAUGUAUUAUAGUACUUCAUAAACAUUACCAGCAGGCUGAAUUGUCUCCGUCUGGAGGCAGGAAUCAAAACGAGAAAAGAAGAUCAUUUUGCAUCAGGAAAGCUUCUAUAUGAAACAAGACUGAUAAUCAUGGAACUAGAAACAAAAAAUAAAAUAAUUGCUAAUUAUAAUAUGUUCUUCUAUGCGACCACGUGUCACGUUUGCAAACGGUUUGGAGACGGCGUCUGUUUGAAGAAAUGUGGUGGCUGCAAAAUGAUCGCCUAUUGUGGUCGACAGCAUCAGAAGCAGCACUGGUCGCAGCAUAAAUCUUUGUGCAAAGCCACACAGGACGUACUGCGAGAGUUCAGACUGGAAGACUAUAGUGUAACUUCGGAGGAGUGGGACGACAAAAAACUGAACUUGAUCCUGCUUGUGUCAUUCAAGCUGGGACGUCCUCUAGAAAUUUACGAGAAAGAAAUGUUCCAGUUUCCAAGGGAAUGUACAGUCUGCCAUGAACAGGAUGGUCAGUUGUUGGAGGAUUGUCAGAGCUGUGCAUCUGUCAGCUUCUGUAAAUAUCACAAAGAUAGCAUUAAACAUGAACACACUUGCGUUCCCCUAGAACUAUGUUUUCAUUCAAAUUUAUUGUUUAUAAAUGGAGAAAACAAUACUUUGGAUCUGCAUUACUUGCAACACGUUUGUGACACUGAUACAUUUCGGAACAUGAAUGACUUUAUAAAUACUUAUGGAAAUAUUCAGACUGAAUCGGAAAUGUUAUACAACAUCUUAGCAGCCAGACACUCACAAUAUAUCACACGUCCCUUGACGUUGUUCCAUGCCAUGCAAAUAUUAGACUAUGUACCACAACGCAAAGAUUUAGUCAUUCAUGUUGUAGCUGCAAAUUAUAUUGAAGAAACUACCUUGAUGACAUGGGAAAUCCUGCUGCAUUUAAUAAAGGCUACAAUAUCGCUGGUAGUUAUAAUGAUUGGGCCGGAAUUAAAAUAUAAAUCCAAUCCAUUACGUAUUUGUGAUAACUGUAUGCUGCAAAAGAAGAAACUUUCAUUAGAGUUUCACGAUGUGUUGUAUGAGAACUACGUACGCAACCCAUUAUUCAUAAAACCGGACUUGGUUGUGGGAUUUAAUGCGGGUAUUCACGAGCAUAUCUCCAAUGGAGAAACAUGGACACCAUCCAUACAGAUGCUAAUGAAACAAAAUUGUCCGUUAAUCUUAACAUGUUAUAUGCAAAAAGAAUUAGAGCAAGAGAUAAACAGAAUAAACACUAUCCUGGAUAGAAAAGUAAAUUAUCUCUAUAGUGGGAAGAAUCCAUUUGCUAGUUUAAGACCAUUCAGAAUCCUUGGGCCUGAGCAAGUGUUUUAUCAGAAUCAUUAUUUAAUCGUCUACAGGAGUCUUUGUUCAUAACUGAUAUGCAUAAUCAGAGUUGGGAACUUAAAAAAAAAUAACGCGUUACUGUUACCGUUUCUAAUUUCUCACUUUAAAAAGUAACGCGUUACCGUUACUUAUAGAAUUUUAUUCACUUCAGCUUACAAAUUGCCAAGAAGAGGACUUGGUUCAAUUAUUUCUUACCACACACAUCCAUCCAUACCUUUCUUAUCGUUUAGUUCAUCUCGCUUAUCCUAGAUAUUAUCCUCUGUUCCCAAUACUCUUAUUUUUUUUCUCACCCUAACUAUAUUCACAGUCAUUUAAAUUCACAACCUGUUCACAGCACUCGUUUCAGACUACCUAUCUUACAACUAUCUUACAAGAAGUACAUAUAUUUCGCAUAUGAUCUUUACCUAUCAACCACGCCCUAGUGCCUCAUGAUCUAUCAUUUCACCAUUAUUUCUAUUGCCUCUUAUCCUUAUCCUGUUUUUCCUUACUUCUAAUUACUUUCUCUCUCUCCUUCCAUAAUUUACUUAUCAUUGUCCCUUUCGUCUCAUCUAGAUUU